GAAAAUUUCCUUGAAUGUCUCUGAGUAUCAUAAAAACCGGGACAAAUCCGGUCAACUGGCAGUUCUAUUCAUGAAACAUAUCUGUAGCAAGUUUUGUAUCACGCUGACGUCGUAUCCUACAAUGAUAACGUGAAGAUAACGCCGCAUGGGCAAUGUUCACUGUUUUAUAUUGGUUGCGACAAACGUUCAUUACUACAUAUGUACGUGUACGUGACGACUAGUGAUUCUUAAAUUACGAGUGCGACAAGUUUCUUCUACACAAUUGCAUGUCAUCAAUUUCCAUCGUAUUAUUUUCUUCGCUUACCAUACUUUACGCUGUGUUACAUUAUUUUCUGAAAGUCACACUAAGCGGCAAAUAGUGGCUCAACUAAUUAUUGCAAAGCGAUUACACUCUACACCAGAGUUCAAGCAAUUUACUAAUAUUCAAAAGAAAGACAUUUUACUAAUAUUCAAAAGAAAGUCAAUAAAUUAAGUAAAUAGCAUGUCUACAUCGGCUACUAGGAAAUCAAAAAUUUGGAAAUAUUUCCAUCACAUCGAUCGUGACAAAACCUUUAGUAAAGCCAAAUGUACACUUUGUGAUUAUAGUACAGAUUACAAUGGAAAUAUUAGACCUUUGCGGAAGCACUUGUAUCAGCAUAUAGAUCAGAUUAAAGAGCUCGAGGAGGACAGUGAAGACUCAAAUCUCAACGUAUCGAGUCAUAAUUGCACAGAGAAAACGGGGAACGCCGCGACUAUCAUCGAAACAGUGGAUUCAACCGCAAGUAACUACGAUUACUACCGUGAUUUGAUGAAUGCGGAGAUCAUGCGUCAGGCAAAACUAUUAUUCCAAGCACCAGCGAUUGAAAAAGAUUCACCCAACUCAAUCGGCGCCUUCGUCAAAGACACCAGAACCUAUCUCGACUCACUGAAAUCGUCAAAUAUACCGGUCGACACGUGGGAAAUGAUUUUACACAUACGUCCAAAACUGUAUGGAAAUACGGAUCUAUAUUACAACAAAACAUUAAAAUCAGACGACAUUCCUACAUUGAAUCAACUACUUGAAUUCUUAACUGAGCGAGCAAGGUGUGAUAUGACAACAAACUAUUCCAUUCCAAACCACGAACAAGCAAGCAAUUCACAACGUAGCUCUGCACAAGACAUCCGGCGGAAACAGUCAAACUUUUUUACCGAUUCGCGAUACGAACGGAGUUCAUCCCCUCGACCCUCGACAUCGCAAUCACAGACAAUACACCAAUCAUCCCGCGUCCUUUGAUACCACACCCAUUACCUUUGCGCCCUUCAUCUCCUCGUCAUUCCACAAUACGCUCAUCGUCAUCUUACUCACCAUCACGUCGGUUGCGAUCUCCAAUUUUAACGAGAAGAAUAGAAUGCCCCAUUUGUGAGACAAACGAGCAUCGCAUUUACCAUUGCAAAAGAUUUCGCAAAUGGCCAGUGUCACAACGUCUUCUAAUGGUGAAUUCCUAUUUGCUGUGUCCGAAUUGCCUAGGACGUAACUAUCAUACUUCGACCUGUAGAUCAAAAAAAUGCCGGAAAUGCCAUCAACGCCAUCAUUCUCUUCUCCACACUGACAAUCAUCCAAUCACACAAUAGAACAUACGUCACUAUCAGCCAUCACACCAACUACCGAAUUAAUGACCACAGUAUUCCUCAAGGUACGCGCAAACAACGGAGAUUGGACAAACUUGUAGAGUUUUUUUGAAUACAUGCUUAACAACUGUAUAACAUGCCCAACUUUAUAACAGAAGAGUUAGCCAACACGAUUCGCGCCCCAAAACAGUAUUGCUCAAUUCCAAUCGGAGCGAUGAACGAACUAAGCACAACAUGCAUUAAUACAACAACUCUACCAUCUCUUCUCGGUAUACAGGUAUUGAGGAAACACUUGAAUUUCUCAUAAUAUCUCUAAUUUUCAUCCGCGUUCCAAACGAACCCAUCAGCACCAACAUAUUCUCUCUCUCAGCAUUCCUUCAAAUAUCAAAUCUAGCUUAGCAGAUCCCAUCUUCCACAAACUUUCUCCAGAACAAGUGUUAAUCGGGACCGGACCAACGCUCUCUAUCUUCAGUAUCGGUCAACUCAACAUCACCAGCAAGGGAUCUUAUCUUCCAAAAACCACAGUUGGUCUGAAUAAUCGGGGGCAGCGUAUAUCGCAUAACGUGUCAUCAAGUCAACAUUGCCAUCUUACAAACAUUUAGAACAAAAACCUCGCCAAGUUUUGGAUUCUUGAGGAAGUACCAAGCAAGCCUCAUCCUUUCAACGAAGAAACGGAGUGUGAAAAACAUUUUGUCAAAAAUGUCACACGAAACAAAGAGGGAAAAUACGUCGUGGCAUUGCCAUUCAAAUCUACUAAAGGUCAAACAGGAGAGUCACAUCGUCAAUCCCUUCGUCGUUUCUUAGCCCUAGAACGAAAAUUAAGGGCCGAUCUAACAUUAAGGACCGCCUAUCAAGAAGAAUACAAUUGAAGAAUAGAUCAAACUCGGACACAUGACGAAAACCGAUAUAGACAAUAAAUAAGGCGAUUAGAUUCCAUCUGCCACAUCACGCAGUGAUAAAACAAUCUAGUCAGAUUAGCAAAGUCCGAGUUGUCUUUGAUGGAUCAGCAAAGUCAUCCACUGACAUAUCCUUCAACGAAAUACUAAUGUUCUGUCCCACACAAGUCCCAUACAAGACGACAUUAUUCCCCUAGUUCUUCGCUUUCGACCACACAAAUAUGUUCUGACAGGAGACAUCGAAAAAGUGUAUCGCCAAUUUCUUGUGCGGAACUAAGAUCGCAUAUACCAAAAGAUUAUUUGGCGGGACGAGGAAAGCAAUUUCAAUACAUACAACUUAAACACAGUCACAUUUGUUUGCAGCUCCAUUUUUGGACACUCGACGUCUCAAGCAAUUAGCCGACGAGGGAGCACAUCACUUCCCAGCAGUCUCCGAAACGCUGAAAAGAGACACGUGCGUCGACGAUCUUAUUACUGGUGCCAACACUCUCGAUGACACGAACUAGUUAUGUGAUGAAAUCAUCCAGCUUCUACACCGAGAUGGGCUGAAUAUUCGCAAAUGGGCAUCCAACGAACGCUCGAUACUAUCUGGAUUAUUGGAGACCAGUGUGAAACUAUCAUUAAAUCUAUUCAACGACAACACCAUUAAGACACUCGGCAUUUUCUGGGAAUCGUCACACGACCGUAUUGUAUAUUAUGUUCAACGCGCAACAAAUCACAAAUUAAUAAUCAAACGUACCAUUCUAGCCGAUGUUGCAAAAGUCUAUGAUCCGCUUGGCUUACAGAGCUCCGU